AUGCGGGAAAUAUCUUGCACUGCAACCCUCGACAACGCCCGCGGCCGAAACAAACGGAACAUGAGCCAUGACACCCGCCCCGUGAAUGAUCCGAUCUCAUCCAGUCCCGGUAAAAGGCAAGCGGCAAAUGGUAGUAAUCGGCUUUCUGCUUGUACCAACGACAUCAGCAAUGUUGUCGAUACCGACGAGGCCGCCUCUGUCCUCCAUGGCCCUCACACUCUAGCCUCAAAUGCAGCUCCACGCCCUGCGUCGCCUUUUUGCAUAGAUGCACCAUAUCCGGGUGUUGACGCAUGGCAAGAUUUCGGCUGGGAUCUGGGGCCCGACAGUAUCUCUUUCCUCGACAGUAUCUUUACGCACGAUUACAACUUCGACAUGACACCUGAUGCACCUGGCAUGAUCGCCAAUGAAGAGGAUGCAGGCGAUUCGCAGAGCCCGUACGAAAUCUACGGGCUAGACCCCAGCACUCUCGAAGCAGCUAUCGGGGCUUACUUUGACCUAGCGUCGCUCGCUCUUCCAAUACUGGACCGAGACGCAUUCCAGGCUGACUACACAAGCCGGAGAGCGAGUCCAUCUCUGGUGUACGCAAUCGCGUGCCGAGGGUGUCCUUUCAUAGCGACGAGUCAGAAAUGGGCGGUGCAGCAGCAACUGGCGAGCCAGUUCAGACGGGCAUGGCUCGAGGCACGAUCAGCGGCAGGAGACAAGCAGUCCAUCCGACUAGACGACCUCGAGGCCCUGGCUCUCAUGGUGGACUUCGAUUACGAGACAACUGAGGAUGUCACUGCAUCGAUCCAGUCCCAGCUCGGCAGCCUUUUCUUAACACACGACUCCAUGGUUCUCAUGACUCUGCAGUACCAGAUUCUUGGCCACGCAUCCUUGCCAACAGGUGCUUCUGCACCUCUACACGGAGCAGCAGAGCGGAAAAAUCUACUUUUCUGGCACGUGUAUGGCAAGGAUGCAUUCCGCACCCUCGAGCGGAAAGUCCCGUCUCGCAUUGGGGAUGGGUAUAUCGAGAGUCUUGAACAACUACCAGGGCGCGAAGACAAAACAUAUCUAGAUGCCAUACUCGCCCUGGCUAUUGUUGCGAGAAAGAUACACCACACGUUUCUGGGUCGUGCUGCUGGACAUAUAAAUGUCUCCCACCACGAUGUGAUCAACUUAUACAGGCUCCUGACCGAGUGGCGUACGGCAUUGCCCACCUACCUCCAAAGUUACACCAGUGGAGACGGCAGCCCAACUACCCUUCGCGGUAUUGGGAGACAGGCUCAAGCACAUCCGCUGCACCAGGCUGUUCUUUUGUUUCUCGAACACAAUUGCUACAUGCAGAUCGAGGCGUAUGCAUCGAAAUGCGGGAUCAACAAACCCACCUCACUGGAGACGGUGAUGCUGGAUCACCUCAUCGAAUACAAGACCUUGAAAAUGGUGAAUGAGAUAGUGGAGUCUGUUACAUGGCUAAAGUCGAAGAGUGUACGCCAAAAUACACCUACGGACCUUGUCACGUAUCCCCUAGUCGACCUCGCUCCGGAGAUUCUGCGCAACAUCUGUGCUGGCACUUCUUAUUGGCUGACUGAGCGCGGGAAGAGACUCAUGGCCCAGGACAUGUCGAGAGGCGCCUCCACCAAUACCGAGACGCAAGAUCGCGCAAGUCACGGAGCAGGCUCUCUAACGGAAGGAAUUCAAAGCUUCGUGGCAGGAGCAACGACUUUACGAGACGUGUUGCCAGCUGCAGGAUCGCACAGGGAUACAUCACAGUUGAUUGAGAGGCUAGAUGAGCAGUUGUCCUCUUUGAAGGAAAUGAUCAAAAGUGGCAACGGUAGUUGA